UGGCUACAGUUUAAAGAGCACUUCCUGUUUGUAGAGUCAAGCCUACCACAUUAUCAAAAUAUGUAAUCAAGGAUUACAGUAUUUUAUUUUAUUACAGUGAUUUUAUUUCUAUAUCGUUGCCUUAAGUAGCAAUGAGUAAAUCUUCUAAAUUAUGUCAAAAGAUUUCUUGUCCACGAAGCAAUAUAUUCUGUGAUCUCAUUGACAAAAUUGUUAAAAGACCAUCCUUGCAGUUUUUGGGUCAGUGGGGAUAUCACUGUUAUGAACCCAGGAUUUACAGAACACUGGCAAAAAUUCUGAGGUACAACGACUUGGAUGGGUUUGACAUACUACUCACAGAUUAUAUUGCAUUUGUGGAAAAAUCAGGAUACUGUUUCAAACUAAAUUUUAAUCUUGAAUUUACUGAAAUAUGUGUGAAUACAAUUCUGUACUGGAUUUUCGCCAGAAAAGGUAAUCCUGACUUUGUGGAAUUUCUCCUCAAGAGGACAAAAGACUAUGCUCAAGACAGAAGUUGUAACCUGGCACUGAUAUGAGAACUUUCACACCAGUAUACUGUCCAAGCCCAUUAAGUGGAAUCACACCUCUACUUUACGUAGCUCAGACAAGACAAUCCAGUAUCUUAAGAAUACUCCUGCAAUAUGGAAUCGUAGAAAGAGAAAAAAACCCUAUCAACAUUGUGUUAACAAUAUCGCUCUACCCCUCAAGAGUGAGAACAAUGGUUGAUCAUGAACUGGUAGACAUCCAAGAAGAUGCCAAAACAUGUUUAGUGCUUUGUUCCAGAGUGCUUUCUGUCAUUUCAACCAGGGAAAUAGAGACACAGCUAAGUUUAGGAAAACGUCCAAUUAUUUCAAAUUGGCUGGACUACAUUCCUUCAACAAGAUACAAAGAUCCAUGUGAACUAUUACAUCUUUGCAGAAUAACCAUCAGGGCUCAACUACUGACCAACAAUAUGCUCCCAAAUGGAAUAUUUUCACUUCUAAUACCUGUUCGUCUACAGAACUACCUGAAUUUAGAAAGCUAAUGCACGUCUUUUUCUUCAUUCUUUAAGGACGCUCACUGUUGUAUGGUUUAGAAGUUAAUAAACUAUUAACUUCACAC